AUGGGUUUUGUAAUGCUUAUAUCGCUUGUGCUUCUACUGGUAAAAGCUGCUGUGGCUAUCAAUGGGACAACAGUACACACUGCACUAAAGAUAAGUCUUUCAAAGUUGCUUCCUUUAUCAAUUGAAGUAGCCCAACAAUAUAGAUCACUUUUUAAAUAUGUUCGUGUAUUGAUUAUCGAUGAAAUUAGUAUGAUUGGAGCCGAGUUGUUGUCCCAAAUAGAUUCAAGGUUAAAGCAAAUCACCGGUAAUUUUGAAGUCCAUUUUGGUGGAUUAGAUAUAAUUUUGAUUGGUGAUCUACGUCAACUACCGCCAGUUCGUGCUACCCCAAUUUACAAACAAAUAAAACGACAAAUAGCAGGUUCAACACUAUGGCGAGGGUUGAAAUUUUCGAACUAA